UGCUGAUACACCUGGCUUUUAUUGGAAGAGGAAAUCUAUGAAUAAAAAAUCCUACACCACAAAUAGAUUGAUGGGAAAACUUACAAGAUUACUUGAUCUAGUUCACUGCACAAAUGAACCCAACGUUUCCAUACCCCAGUUGGCAAACCUACUCAUCGAAAGGUCACAGAACACAAACUGGGUUGUUGUCUACAAGGCCCUGGUCACCGUACAUCACAUGAUGUGCUACGGAAAUGAGAGGUUUACGCAAUAUUUAGCAUCGAGCAAUAGUACUUUCCAACUCAGUAAUUUCCUAGACAAAAGUGGAGUUCAAGGCAUCUUGGGUAAUAAGUCUGGGUAUGACAUGUCCCCUUUCAUCAGAAGAUAUGCGAAAUAUUUGAAUGAAAAAGCUCUUUCAUACAGAACUGUGGCUUUCGAUUUUUGUAAAGUUAAGAGGGGAAAAGAAGAUGGUAUGUUAAGAACGAUGAAUGCUGAUAAACUAUUAAAGACACUACCCGUACUACAAAACCAACUCGAUGCCCUGUUGGAAUUUGACUGUUCUGCGAAUGACCUCACGAACGGAGUUAUCAAUAUGUCAUUCAUGCUGUUAUUUAGGGAUCUCAUAAGACUUUUUGCUUGUUACAAUGAUGGAAUUAUAAAUUUGUUAGAAAAAUUCUUCGAUAUGAACAAGAAGCAAUGCAAAGAAGCCUUGGAUAUUUAUAAAAAGUUCCUCGUAAGGAUGGACAGGGUAGGAGAGUUUUUGAAAGUCGCUGAGAAUGUUGGAAUAGAUAAAGGUGAUAUUCCCGACUUAACCAAAGCUCCCAGCAGUCUAUUAGAUGCUUUAGAACAACACUACAAUCACAUGGAUGGGAAGAAAUCAUCGUCAACACAAUCCAGUAACCAGAAGAAUGUGAAAUCCGGAGUGACAGCUUUGUCAUCAACAAGCAAUGCUUUCGGUAAUGUCGUUGCGAAUGGAAAAUUCGACACGUCUAAUGGCAUAGAUGAAAACCUGAAAUUACAGAUACUGGCUGAAGAGGAAGCCGCCAUGAACCAGUUCAAGUCGAAGGUCCAAUCGCCUACAACAGCCAACAACCCCUUCCUGAGCAACUCUUCCUCUUCGGCGACCGUUUCGUCCGCGUCCAAUCCGCAAGUGGAUCUGUUCGUCGCCGAUCCGAUUACAACCAAUCACAAAGCGUCCGACGACCUGUUGCAACUGUCAAAUCCGUUCGUGGACGCUUUCACGCAGCCGCCGUUGACGAACACCGUGGCCAACAAUGCAUCACCUUUCAUGACGCCACCACCUGCCCAACAGAACAACGUCUGGAUCACAAAUGGAAAUGGUUUUGGAAACACACCGAUAGCCUCUCAUCCUGUGAUAACCAACGGUUCGUUUGUAUCAGAAAACAACUUCGCUACAGUUUUUGGAAAUCCAGACGCACAAGCGAGCAACUUGGAUGCGUUGGGCGGCGUUUUGCAACCAAUGAAUGCCGGCGGUGGCGGUCCUAUUACCACUAUCUCCAGCGCCUCCAACAAUAACGUCUCUCCCAAUCCGACCUCUGCCCAGGGGCUGCUUACCGGCGACCUCGAGUCCAGCCUUGCAUCACUCGCAGAGAACCUCACUAUCAACAGUCGGACGGCUUCUGUCAAGGGCGUGCAAUGGAACUCUCCGAAGAACGGAUCGAAAACGGGUAGUAGCUGGAGCCCCCAGCCCAUCUCGGACACGACCAACAUCGGCUACAAACCCAUGAAUCAGUCCAUGCAGUCAUCACCAUUCAGCAGCAUGACUGUCACUCCCACUCCUGCACAAAUCUACCCACCCAUGAUGAUGACUGAUAGAUCCGGCCAGUGGCCAGGAUAGUAAGCAACUUCUCGCACAACAAAUUGCAUAAGGGCAUACGUCCAGUAGGGGUGCCAGGGACUCACGCUAUGAUGGCACCGAUUCCAGCGAUGUCGCAAGUAAAUUCUGCGCCGAACCAGAUGGGACAGUCACUGCUCUUCCAUUGAAACUACUGAAUAACUAUCGUCCACUUUUUACGUGUGAAUGCAUGUCUAUGCCAUUACUUCUUGUAUGUAUAUAUAUUUUCGAGUAUAACAAUCAUGGGUACAAUAAUAGAUAUAGUAUAACUUCAAAAAUUGUACAUAUCUCUACCCUUAUGUGAUGAUGGUGAUAAACUAAAGUUAAUUAUCCGUUAGGUAAAUGAUUCUUGUCUUUUUUACUGUUGGUUUUUUAUAGGAAAGUCUUAAUCGAUUAGAAAUGUGAAUGUACCCGUAUCUAUCUAUCCAACAGUGAAACAUCACAGGUAGAACAAAAUGAUUGCCUUUUCUGUACAGGGUAUCUGAGUUUGUGAUAGGUGAAGUUUGGAAGACGAUAUUCGAAGUAUUUAUGGCAAAAAUAUACAGAAAAAAAAUAUAAAGAAUCCUUGAACCUUCGGUUAUUUUUUAAAAGAUGUCAGAGGCCUCUGAAGUCGAGAACUAAUCAUCUAUAUACGGCGUUGGAUAAAUCGCAUACUUUCAAGUUCAACAUAUGAAUAAAUAGCGGGUGUUCUGAAAGUUGGGACAUUACUUUUCAGGAAUAACUUCACUUGAAAUGACAAAAGUUAAUGUGCGAUGAAACAGCAGCAAAUAAUUUUGAAGAAAGUACUCGCCUUUCGUUUUAUAAGAAAUUUAAAAUACUGCUCUGUCUACAGGAAAUCCAAAUAUCACUGAGGAGGUAAUGUGUACAAGACAGAAGUGCGAUAAAGCAUGCAAUACGAAUGUUAGAAAGAGUGCGCCGAUGGCAACGCGGCAAGCCGCAGCUGCGACCGUGGUCUCGCCACUCGGGUUGCUAGGCAACUUGAACCUCUAUCUCUUUCUAACAUACGUAUUGAAAGCUGCUCGCGUUUCUCUUUCAUACACAUUACGACGUCAGUGGUAUAUGGAUUUCUCGGUAUAAUGCUUCUGAAAAAGUUAGCAGUUGUCACCAUUCGAUUAAGAAGAAACACAAGCAUGCUCGGUAUUUGUAAAAUUCGAGGUUAUCUAGCCCAUUGCUGCCAGAUAAAAAAUGCUGAAAACGGUGACGCGAAAACUAAAAAAGCGGCUUACUAAGAUGAAUCUUGUUACUGAUCGAAUGCCAUUGUUGACAAAUGCAGAGCUGGGGACGUUCUUGCAACUCCCAAAAUACAGCAAUUUGUUCUAAUCUAUUGAAGGAAAUGGUUGGCCUGAGUAUCUAGUGGGGCGGAUAUGACCAGAGCCUUAUCAGUAAAAAAUCGGUAGAUGUUAAUCGUUGUAAAGCCAAAACUGAAACCAAAGACUUAAAACAGUAUGUUUACGGAAACACGAUAGAUCUGGCAUCACCGCAAAUACGGUAGAACUGGCAGCACUAUUCUAGGCUUUGCCCACCUAGAUGUUCGUGCAAAGGACCUGUUCUUAGUUGUUGAACUAACUAAAAUUACCAAGCUACGCAGCAUUGAAUAAACCCUGAAUGUGAUUAAAAUAAACUUGAUAAACCCCAACAUCUUAGAAACACCGUAAGUUAACACUCAGCGUUCGUUAUUGCAGUAGAAGUGUGUAAUGUUCGUUUUUUUGUUACACCUGUUUGUACUAUUAAUAAAAUUUACUUAUAACUAUACGUCAUGUAAGGAAAAUUCCCAACUUUAAGGAAACCCCGUAUAUUUGAUUUCUUAUGGCAUCAUUAUUUAUAUAACUAAGAAUGUUUCUUUGUUGGAUAGAUGUUGCUGAGAAUUAUUAUGAAUUGAUCGUGACCAAUACAUAGAAUUGGAACAAGAGGGCAAAAAUCCUAUCAAUACAUUUGAUAUCUUUCUUCCUGAUUAGUAUAGCAUUUAAUCUAGCAAAAUACAAGACGUCAUAGCCUAUCGUUACACAGAAAAUUCCCUCUAUCUAAAAAAUUCUAAUAAGGGAGUUGUGUAUUUUUCUAUUGAUGUUGAAAAAUCAUAGAUUAUAUGAGACAAUAAAUGUGCAAAAUGGUCCAGUAGCCAGAGAUAUUGUGAAUAGUUCCAUUUGAGAUUGGUAAUAACAUAAUGUGAAGAUGUAUUAUAUAUUUAUAAGUAUUUUUAACAAUAGCAUUAUAGCCAUAUCAAGUCGAAAACUCGUUGUCUGUAAUAAAUAGCAUUUCGACUACAUUCACAAAGGAUCCAUAUGAUAAGAUUGCAGAAACGGUAAAAUAUUCGAUGUCUACGUCGUAGAAAUCCGUUAGAUUGCAUGUUGUAGGCAUGUGCCACCAAAAGAUGCUGUAAUCUUAAGAUACGACAGUUACGUCGAAAACGUUAUGCUGAUUGCAGACAACUCUCUGAAACUUUCGACAACCCUGCUUAUCAGUAGUAUCUGUGUGUACAUGCGAUAUUAAAGUAAUUCUGGAAUUUUAUUGAAGUGGUCGCACAACCUAUACUACAUAAUGUUAUUUGCGAAGAUUUUCUCUUGUAUAUAAGAUACAAGCACCGAGAUUACAGUGUAAUGGUAUUGUUUUGAAAUAUAUAUUUUUAUUAUGCAUAUAUGUUAGUGCAUUUUAUUAUAUUUGCUUCUGUAACACAGGAUAUUAGUUAUUAUUAGGUGUAUAAAUAAAAACUAUUGCAAUAUUCAA